AUGAAUUACAAGUACUUUGGACUAUUCCUUUUGUUGGUACUCUGCCUUGAGAUGGUUGUCCAACUACAAAGCCAAAAAAAGAAAGACUUGGCACCAACCAAGCCCAAGAGAUUGGUCAACGCGCAGAUCGAGAAGAUCAAUUGGCACAAGAUGAUGAUGGUGUACACUGAGACUUUGAUCAACAAAAAGACAUACUUUGUGAAGCCGGAACAGCCACUCCAGUUUAUGGAGAUGUUGAAGGCCUACGUGAUAACCGGAGUAUCGUUCAUCCCAGAAGUUGGUCCUGCCCUCAGUGGUAUGAUCGAUACGAUCUGGUCCGGCUUUAUCGAGAACACUCCCAUCAAUGACUUCAACGAAGACUGGUACCUGGCAGGCAUCAGGGAUGUGGUAGGCGACGAGUUGAUCAAGUUUGAUAUUAGUAACUCCCUCGCGACGCUUCAGGGGCUGGUCAGACACUCCCAGGACUUUCACACUUACGUCAAUGAAUCAAAGUACAACAGCUCCCAGGGUGUUCAUGACAUGAUCAAGUCCUUCUACUUUUCUCUCGACAGUGGUCUGCGUGACCAUCUGGCUGGAGAUUUCAAUCGCCCAGGUUAUGAACUAGGCGAGCUGCCCAGCUAUGCCAUCGCCGCCACCAUCUACUUCAUGCUCCAGGUCGAGUUCAACAGACAUGCAACGGAGUGGGGCUAUGAAGAGAACGUCAUCUGCAUCCAGCGCCAAAUCGCGUUUAAUGUAAUGCCCAUCUACACGAAUAACUGCAUGGCCAUCUUCCAAUCCACGCUCGCCAAGAUUGUCGCCACCGAAGACACUGAUGAACCAAUCUCUGGGAGGAACACGUUUGAGAAGAUUUUGGCGCUACGACGUAUCUUGAUCCUGGCAGUGUUUGACUAUGUCGGCAUGUGGUGGCAGAUGGACUCGGUCAUGUUCCCCAUGGGUGUAUAUGCUGAGAGGGUGCGCAAGGUGUGGGGGCCGACCUUGGGCUAUGCCCGAGAUAUCGACGCAGUCCACGACCCCAAUCAACUUGACCCAACCUACUUUGAUAGGUUCACUGGCCCGGACAUCACCUAUGCUCGAUACAUGGAGAUACACCCUGACAACAUCAUCUAUGCAACCGAAUGGAGCCGGAAUGACAAACCACCUGCUGACUAUGAUGGCUACUUUAUCUAUUUCCCCAAGACCUUCAGGGACUCCAAGCUGACAAUGAUAGGCACAUCCGUCCCCAAGUACAUCAGCAACGACAAUCCCGAGAACUCAUUCCUUUUGUUUGUCGACGCCUACUCAGACGAUAUGGAGAAUUGCAUCGAUCCUCAAGUCGGAUGCUCUACAACGCCAGAGGAGAGGUACAAUAACUUUAAGGUGCCAUUCCACAAGGUCGGUGACAUUGUGGCCUGGGACUCGAACAAUGUGAUCAAUUUGAAGUACGAAGUCACCGACGCCCUCAUGGUUGGCUUUGUGCCAACCAAUGUGUUCCACAGCAACACGGUGUUCAGGCACACCACCACUGCCAUUGACGCCCAGAAGUUCACUGUAAAGCAGGGAGGAAGCAUCUUUGUCCGCGACCACUUCACCAUUGGCUCGCAUGCCUUGAUGAUCCCAACUGGCAACGUCCUCUCGUACAACUUCAUCGCCCAGGACAACAAGGGUAGCGAUCACUACCUUGGUAUUCUGGCCUGUCUGAAGACCGCUGGAGCUCCGGUGACUGUCACCAUCACUCACUCGAUACUCGGCAAGGUGUGCGACAUUGUGAUUGGCAGUACUGACUACCAUCCCAUUCUGGACAUCAACCAAAACCUCGUGAGGCUGACCAGUGCUGGAUUGAACGCUCAGAGUCCAAAGCUUGUCAUUUCUGCAACUGGUGACUUCUAUCUCAAGUCAAUCAUCUUUGUUCCAUGGUUUAGUCCUUAA